GAAACAGGAUUUUGUUAAUACAAUGUUCAUGUUUCGAAUAUGCUCUGUUCUUUUACUGGUUCAUGCAGCUUCAGCCGCAUCACCAGAGCGAUGGUGUGAAUGUUCUUCCGCGAUAGACGGCUCCUGCUAUGGGACUUGUCAUGAUGAGGAUAAUGUUGGAAUUACCAACGCUGUGACAAACUCUUCCAUUGAUGAAGGGCAAGAAGAGUAUACGGAUAUGAUGGCGCAGCUACGAGAGAUGUCAGGAAUAAAGUAUUCUACUACGAACAUGAAGAACAAGCCUCAUUGCAAUGGACCAAUUUACCGUUUCAACUACACUUGUUUACAGCUUGCAGAUAUCUCCUCGAUAUGCUCAAGCGAGACCGUGUCCUUAACGUUGAAUGGUGCAAUUUGGACAAAGAGCUACCCAGUAGCCUCAGAUGCUGAUAGGAAAUCGCGAUACUGUACAUGCAAUUUACAUAUAAAUGCAAAGGGAUUCAAAGUGAUCAAGUAUGAUUAUAACCUGACGAAUGACCAGUCGUUGAGGUUAACGUUUUCCAAUGGGUCAACAUAUCAGGAUUGGAAUUCUCCGUUCAACAUAAAUGACGUUGCGAAUGGAAACAGCUCUCUCAAAAAUGCUAACACAGAUAUCACUGUACAUUGGGCAAAUCCGAAAUUGGAACAAGAGCUUUUCUACAUUGGAUUUGAAGUCACAAAUGGUACAGUGAACGUCACAUGUGAAGAAGGUGUCAUUGUGGCUCCGUCAACAAUAUCAUUGCCAACCAACAAGAUAAAUCCAGCCGCCCCAACAGCUGCAACGAACGCAAAUACAUCAACAGUAUCCAUUGGCAACAUUACGUCGAUAGCACCAACACCAGCUGUUCAAACAGCUGCAUCGAACACGAAGAAAGUGACAGUUUCCAAUGGCAACAUUUUUUCAAUAACAUCAACAUUAUCGAUAUCUUCUAAGAUCGCUUCUAGUUCCAUUAGUUCGAGUCUGUCAAACUCUUCAAUUGAGAAAACAGCUGUUGGUGAAAGUACACGGGAAACAUCUGAGCAACCUAAUGAGAAGAAUAGUAAGUAUCAGAUAUUGUAA